CUAGUGGUGAAUAAGUUUUUUUUUUUUUUUAAGAAAUUGAAUAAGUUUAUUUGGAUAAAGGAGGGGAGAACUUUUGUUAAAUUUGAACUUGCAAUGAACAAAUAAUAGCUAAUAAAAGGAUUAAUUAAUUAUUAUGGUUUAGAAAUAACGGACAUCAAAUUACACGGGACCGGUCAAAGGAAUUAAUUUUUAGCACUUCACCACCAAAUUCCGGACGUCCCAACUGAAACCUCUUUCCCAAUUUCGCCCCCCUUCUCCCUUCCUCUCCCGCGAUUAGGGUUUCCAAAUUCCCGCCCCUCAGCAAUCUUCCAAUCCCUCAAUUUGGUCCUUCAAUUCCUUCGAUCCAUCCAAUGGAAAACAACGAAGCCAACAACAACGCGAGCAUCGUCUCGGUGGAUAGCAUAAACCAGAUGGCCAGCUGGGUUAGCACGACUGUGAUCUCCGCCUUCUUCUCCUCCCUGGAGCGCUUCUCCUGCGUCAAUAUCCAAACCGCCGAUCACGACGAUGAUGACGAUGAAGCCGACGUCCGCCCUCUCAGAAUGUUGUCAACGGCCUCCCGCGACACCACCGACGAGCUCCCGGUUUGAUUGAUUGAUUUCCCCCCUUGUCGGCCGGACCUGACCUCGGUACUGCUUAGCAUUUAUCCUCUUCUCAAAAUCCCUUUCAAUUGGUUGUUCCCUGUUCUCUCUCCCACCCUGUAAUUCGGAUGAUCUUACUUUUGAUGUUCAAUCGGAAAGCCAACUGUUGUGAUUGCUUGAUUUUCGUUUUUUUUUUUUUGUAUUUCAUAUGAAUCCAGUUCCUGACAUUUGGGCGCUUGAGGUUGUUUUUGUGUGUAAAAUGUUGUUUACAUUUUUAAGAGGGUAUGGCCAAACUGCAUUAAAAAUUGUUGUUGUUCAUUGUAUCUAGUGGAUGGUUUAGCUAUCCUUGCCAAGUAUAUCGCAUAUGUUUCUGCAUUUUCUGAACAUGGCUGUCAAUGCAUUGAUGUUCCAUCAUCGUGCUUGGGAAGCUGCGUCAUCGAUGUUGCUACUGUCCAAUCUAUUUAUAUGGUUGAAUCAUGACGAGUUAUCAAAACAAAUGAUCGAAACUAGCAUAGCUUAGUAGCACCCGCGAUGUGAACAGUUGAUAACUCUCUACCAUUUAGUGCUGGCUAGGCUGUCAGUGAUAAUCUGUUAUGGAUAUGCUGAUAUGUAGAUUUCAGUCCAUAUUGGGGGAUGUGGUCAAAGUGUUGGGUAUUGCCUGAAGGAACUUUGUCUUCUUCUUUUUCUCAAGUGUGAAAAGGAUCAGAGCAUCUGUGACAGUGAGUUGGAUUUGGAAUGGAGCAUUAAUGUCUUACAACUUGUAUCUUGGUUUGAAUUCAUGUGGUUAUAUAAAGUUUCUCCUCUUUCUGCCUCGAGUCUUGGAAUCAAUCUGACCCUGCCUGCUCCAGGCAGAAUAGCUUUGAUGCUGGGAAAAGUGUGGGUUUACUGGUUUAGGGUUUGAAGGGAUAAGGAAGGAUGGUAUUCUGAAAUUUGAUUAAUUUCUGAACUCAUGACGUCUUGACUUAUUUUCUAAUGUUGUUAUAUGCCAAGCUUCUGUGAAAGAUAACUACUAUCUCGACUCAUCUUUGAUCUGCUUGUCCUAGAUUUGUUUUAGCAAUGAAUUUAACUGGAAAUGGCAUAUGUUUCUGAUAAAAAGGAAAGUAGGAAGGUAGUAGCACAAAACUGAUUUUGGUGUUGCUUGUAUUUCAUUGCUGUUUUAACAUCUGAUUACAACUUUUCCUUAUCUCUGACUCUCUUGAGCCCUUGUUGGGUGCUAUUACCUUUUAUAGAUUGAAAAAAAAAAGACAUACACAUGGCCUGAGUAAGAAGGAUUUGCGUAGUCCUGCUGUUCGCAUAGUUUUCUCUAUUUCCCUCACUUAUCUUUAUGCUCCUUCCAACAUAGCAGCAUCACAAUGCAACGACGGAUGAUGUAAAACCUUCCCUUUGCCUCCUUCACGACCCCACCACCUCCACCACCAUCCCUUGGCUGACUUUUGAUUUGCCUUUUUGAGGAAGAAGCUAACUUUCUCCUUUGGCUAGCUGAUAAUUCCAUGAAUGUCCUGACUCUUUGUAACUCUGCUUCUUCUUGUUUGUUUUGCUGGUGCAACUCCUGGUUCUCCUCCACCUUGCUUCUUCUUUUAUAAGAUGUUCCUUCUCUUUGGAAGUAGUGGUGUUGUUUUUGGAAUCUUUUGUAGGAGUUACUGGUUAGUGUGGGUUUUAUAUCCAUUUCAUUUCUGUUCAAGUCAGUACAUAAACCUGCUGAGCAUUUUAUUGUUUUUUGGAGGCAGUCAAAAAAGUGGAGUGGCCCUUUCUGUGCUUCUGUAACAUCCAGGUUUCCAGGUUAACCUUGCUUUCCUUUACUACCCAAACUGGUGUAUUCUGGGUCCAGGGUUUGUUGGAUACUCGACACAUGGAUCACAUUGGCUUGGUGGACACAUUAAUUAGUGGGUUUUAUUAUUGUUGUUUAUCCCUCCAGUUCUCGUUUCCAUACUUCUUUUUCAGAUUUUGCCAGUUAUUGUGUGUGUGUAAAAGAGAAGGGUAGUUGCAGGACAUUUUUACCUCAUCUGAGAUUUUGGGGAAAUGCUCCUCCUGUUUUGAACCCCUUUAUCAGCUGGCAUUUGACCUGGAGCAGUUAUUAUGGUGCUCUGUUUCCCAUUAUCAAUGAAUGCAGCCCCUAUAACCUAAUAGUAGCCAUGUUUUGUUGCUUGCCAUGGGGUUGGUUUGCAUUUGUGUGUUUUUUGUUCAUGUUUACUCCUUAGUCUGUUGUCUCUCUUCCUUGUUUCACAGCCUUUCUUCUUCGUCUUCUCUAAACUGCUAUAUUUUACUUGGCAAUGGGAUAUGGGACGAAGAAGGGGUAAUAGCUCCGGUGAUGAGUGUUCAUUCGUUCGUCGUUCCAAUUUCUGAAUUCAAGAUGUUCCUUUUCCAGUAUAGUAUGGAUUGGCUUCUGGGGAACUGUAGAGAACAAGGUGGAACCUACUCUGAGGAGCUUAUUCGUGUUUCCCUCUUUUGUGUGCUUGCUUGCUGUCUUCUGGUGUGGGUGUUUGAAUCAGAUAAGGAGGGUUAUGGUUUCACCUAUUACUGUUCCAGCUAACUUGAGGAGUCUUUUUCAUUUUCCCACAUUGAUUGUCAGCUCAUUAGAUGUUCUGUGGGUUUGUUUGGAAAUGAAAAUGGGGCUUUGAACUUUCAAAGUGUGAAGCUCACAAUUUUCCCCCCUUGGUUGUUGAUCUCAAUAUUCGAAUCUGUGGUGUGGUACUAUCUUCUGCUUGUAAUCCACACAAUGAAAGAUAUGUUAUUUCAAGGAGUUAUAUACCAUUGAGGCGCCCAAAUUAAUAUCCAUUCCCCUUAAAAGAUAUGUUAUUUUAAAGCCAAUGUAGAGGUGAUUAAUAAUUCGAAAUGUCGAAAUUUAUCAACUCGUGAUAGGAAGAGAGUUUCAGAAGAACCACAACUCCCGAAGUGGUGGCUAGAGUUCGACUGCUGGUCGUCUUUCUGUUGCAAUAAUUGACAAACAAGUGUUUACUAAGAUCUCUAUGGCUUGGGAAUAAGCCAUUAGAAGCACU